AUGACUUUGGUUAGAGCUAAGAAGCCCGAGUCUAUUGCUCGUGACCGUGCCAUGGAGCAAAUCAUUGGCCCCCUGUUUGCGACUGAGCCCUGCAAUGACACUGGCAGAAGCCCAACCCUCGCUGAAGACACGGCAGCAGCCUAUCAAAGCAUGGAGAAUCUCUGGUCCACGCCUGGAUUCCAAUAUAAUAUCCAGACUAUGAAUAUCCCCGCGGCAAGCUCAAACCCCAGCUUCGUGAUAUAUCCCAACUGUCCAAACUCACCCGAAAGGUGGCAUAUAGCUGAUUGCUGCAUCUGCUAUCGCAAGUUCAUAGGCCCCUUGCCGGACCGCCCCCUAGAAGGUCAAUACCCGGUGCAACUUGGACCUAAUUAUCACUUUUGCACAGCGGAGUGCAAUGUCCCAAGCAUUGACACUUUUACUCACGUGGACAUAUCACGCCCUCACCCCUACUAUUAUCUUACUCGUGCAGCCUUUCUUGCUUCCGUGUCCCAGAGAAAUGACCACCGGGAUCCUCCACUUCAACCAGUGUGGGACGAACCCGUUUGGGCUCAAACAGCUGACACCUCGAGCCCAGAGAAUGAUGUGGCUACUCCCGCCAGCUCAGAGGACAUGGAGGUGGACUGGGAGGACAUCGCCAGGACUAAUCCCACCAGCUUCUACUACCCUCAGAGAAAUGACAUGAUACAGGAUCAGUCAACACCACUUGCAGAUCUUAGGUCUCUCUCUCUCAUCUGA